UUAUAUCACACUACGAGUCUAUAUCAGUACGACGACUACUAAUACCAUAAGCAGCCAAGAAAUUAGGCUUUGGUCAACGGAGUCUCUAUGACCUACAUGACGCUGACGUGGCAGAUUGUUCGAAAUUUCCCGCCAAUCCAAUAUCCAAAGAGGACGUACACUUAAAACCAUCUCCCUGGCUCUAAACACACGGAAGUAACAGAACCAAAUUCUUCUUUCUCCCUGUCUAUCAGAAAUCAGAAUUCAGAACCGGAAACCAUGACUGUCGCUUCCAUCUUCGUGCUCUGGCUCCAAACCCUAGCUUUCCUUCCCGUAAACGCCUCGGUUCCUUCUCCUUCCUCCACGGCUAUUGGCGUCACUUACAACUCACCUUUUUCUCCUUCCACUCCAUCUCCAUCGGCGGAUCGCAUCGCCUCCGUUGUCUCAGCUCUCCACUUUGACUGCCUCCGCCUUCCAAAUCCCGAUCCUAACCUAAUACGCUCCUUCGCUUUCACCAACAUUUCUCUUUUCCUCUCCAUCCCAAACACUCUUCUUCUUCCUCUCGCCUACAAUCGCUCAGUUGCUGUUCAAUGGCUGUCAGGACAUGUCCUCCCUUUCUAUCCUCGCACUAAGAUUUCUAUCAUCUCCGUCGGCGAUGAUGCCGUUUCUACGGAGCUUUCACCCUAUCUCCUUCCAGCAAUCAGGAACGUGCGCCUCGCGCUUCAUGACGUCGGGAUUAGCAAAAUCUCCGUCUCCACUACCUUCUCUUUUGUUAACGUCAUCACGGACGCGUUUCCGCCAUCGGCGGCAUUGUUCCAAGAGCCGAUUGUUGAACCUGUAAUCAAGCCUUUGCUUCAGUUCCUAGAAGAUAACAAUUCAUCUUUCGUGGUGAAGCUUUUUCCGUAUAAUAUGUACAAGACGAACUCUGAAAUUCCCUUAGGGUUUGCUUUGUUUCAAGAGUAUCCUUUCAAUUUCAGAGAUGAUUUGGUUACCGGAGUUAGGUACAGGAAUCUCUUCGACAUUAUGGUGGAUUCCGUUGUUACGUCAAUGGCGGUAGCCGGCUAUCAGAAUAUUCCGAUUAUUGUGGCUGAAACUGGUUGGCCGAGCUCCAGUAGCGAUUUUAGUGAGGUUGACGCGACUCCUGCCUAUGCGGAAACUUAUAUCAAAGGUUUGGUUGCUCACUUGAAUUCUGGCUUGGGUACACCUUUGAGGAAAGAGGGUGUUGCAGAGACUUACAUUUUUGAAUUGGCUGAUGAGGAAGUGAACCAGAGGACUCGAAAUUGGGGUGUUCUAUAUGCAAAUAUGACCAAGAAGUACAAUGUUGAGUUUUCUGGUAGAGGCAGGAGUGAUGUGGCAGCAGGGAUUUUGCUAGUCAUCUGCUUGUUGAUGGUUGCUUGCUCGCUGUUUUAGCAGAUAUUUGAGCUGAAUGAAUGAAAUUUUUAGGUUUAAGUUUUGGAAGUGAUGGUACUGUCAUUGUAGAGAUACUGACAAAGAGAUUGUGUUUAGUAUAUGAAUUCUUUGGUGAAAAUAGAACAGAUGUAAAAAUUAGAAUAUCUCAUUUGGUUUCCACAA